GGCUGGAGGGGACAGCUGCAGGCUCCAGAGAAGUGCGCACAGGCCGGUCCCCUCUGCACCCCCUGGGAGGCACCAAUCCCCACAGUGAUCCCCUAGCUCUCGCUGCACAGCCCGCAACACCUGUCAGCAACACCCAUUCCGGCCACCACUCGGACACUCCCUUUGCGACUCUGCCCACUCCGGAGCUACAGAGUCUCCGCCAAGAGGAGCCUGGGCUGGGCGUGGCCAGGGUCCCUCAAAUCUGCUCAGCACAGCACAGGGGGGGCACAGAGACUUCGGAGGAGCAGCCUGGAGGAGGGAGCAAGCCCACACCCUCAUGCCCUGCUGCACGAAGCCCCCCAGCGCCCACGCCAUGAAGGAGGAGGCCGUUCUGCGACGACGCUUCUCACUGUGUCCGCCCUCCUCUACCCCUCAGAAAAUCGACCCCCGGAAGCUCAGCCGGAACCUGCUCCUGGGUGGAGAGAAUGAGCUCGACCCUCUGGGUCCAGGGAAGGACAUGGAGCCCAAUGGCUCAUCGCUGCCCAGGGAUGAAGGGCCCCCAACCCCAGGAUCUGCCACGAAGGUGCCACCGGCGGAAUACAGGCUGUGCAAUGGGUCUGACAGGGAAUGUGUGUCCCCGACAGCCAAGGUCACCAAGAAGGAAACUCUCAAGGCGCAGAAGGAGAGCUACCGCCAGGAGAAGAAGCGUGCCACCAAGCAGCUGCUCAGCGCCCUGACGGACCCCAGCGUGGUCAUCAUGGCCGACAGCCUGAAGAUCCGCGGGACCCUGAAGAGCUGGACCAAGCUGUGGUGCGUGCUGAAGCCGGGGGUGCUGCUCAUCUACAAGACGCCCAAGGUGGGCCAGUGGGUGGGCACAGUCCUGCUGCACUGCUGUGAGCUCAUCGAGAGGCCCUCCAAGAAGGACGGCUUCUGCUUCAAGCUCUUCCACCCACUGGACCAGUCUGUCUGGGCCGUGAAGGGCCCCAAAGGUGAGAGCGUGGGCUCCAUCACGCAGCCUCUCCCCAGCAGCUACCUGAUCUUCAGGGCCGCCUCCGAGUCGGAUGGCCGCUGCUGGCUGGACGCCCUGGAGCUGGCGCUGCGCUGCUCCAGCCUCCUGCGACUCAGCACGUGCAAGCAGGGCCGUGACGGGGAGCCCGGGUCCUCGCCGGACGCGUCGCCCUCCUCGCUGUGUGGGCUGCCCCCCUCGGCCACCAUCCACGACCAGGACCUGUUCCCACUGAACGGGUCCUCCCUGGAGAACCACCUGGAGAACGAUGCUUUCUCAGACAAGUCAGAGAGAGAGAACGCCGAGGAGUCAGAUAAUGAAACCCAGGACCACAGCCGGAAGACGGAGAGCGGGAGUGACCAGUCGGAGGCCCCGGUGGGCCCUGUGCGCAGAGGGACCACGUACGUGGUGCAGGACCACGAGGAGCUGGGGGAGCUGGGCGAGGCGUCGCAGGUGGAGACCGUGUCGGAGGAGCACAGGAGCCUGAUGUGGCUGCUGCUGAAGCAGCUGCGGCCGGGCAUGGACCUGUCCCGCGUGGUGCUGCCUACCUUCGUGCUGGAGCCCUGCUCCUUCCUCAGCAAGCUCUCCGACUACUACUGCCACGCCGACCUGCUCUCCAGGGCUGUGCUGGAGGAGGACGCCUACAGCCGCAUCAAGCUCGUCCUGCAGUGGUACCUGUCCGGCUUCUACAAGAAGCCCAAGGGGAUCAAGAAGCCCUACAACCCCAUCCUGGGGGAAACCUUCCGCUGCUGCUGGUUCCACCCCCAGACCAACAGCCACACCUUCUACCUAGCCGAGCAGGUGUCCCACCACCCACCCGUGUCCGCCUUCCACGUCAGCAACCGGAAGGACGGCUUCUGCAUCAGUGGCAGCAUCACGGCCAAGUCCCGGUUCUACGGGAACUCACUGUCAGCUCUGCUGGACGGCAAAGCCACCCUCACCUUCCUGAACCGGGCAGAAGAUUACACCCUUACCAUGCCCUACGCCCACUGCAAAGGCAUCCUCUACGGCACCAUGACCAUGGAGCUGGGUGGCAGAGUGACCAUCGAGUGUGCGAAGAACAACUUCCAGGCUGAGCUGGAAUUCAAGCUCAAGCCUUUCUUCGGUGGCAGCGCGAGCAUCAACCAGAUCUCGGGGAAGAUCACAUCGGGCGAGGAGGUCCUGGCGCGGCUCACGGGACACUGGGACAGGGAAGUGUUCAUCAAGGAGGAGGGCAGAGGAGGCACCGAGCUCUUCUGGAACCCGAGCGAGGAGGUCCGCGGGCAGCGGCUGAAGCGGCACACAGUGCUGUUGGAGGAGCAGACGGAGCUGGAAUCGGAGAGGCUCUGGCGGCACGUCACCAGGGCCAUCAGUGAGGGUGACCAGCACAAGGCCACACAGGAGAAGUCCUCCCUGGAGGAGGCGCAGCGGCAGCGGGCCCGAGAGCGCCAGCAGCACCUGGUGCCCUGGACGCCGCAGCUGUUCCACCUGGACCCGGCCACCCAGGAGUGGCGCUACCGAUACGAGAACCACAGCCCCUGGGACCCCCUGAAGGACAUUGCCCAGUUUGAGCAAGACGGGGUCCUGCACACCCUGCAGCGGGAGACCAUGGCCCGCCAGACCACCUUCCUGGGCAGCCCAGAGCCCCGGCACCAGGUCAGCACCACCCCCAGGGCCCCUGCUGGCUUCCUCCAGGGGUCUGGCCCCGACCGGCGGCUCCGCAAGGCCAGCGACCAGCCGUCCGGCCACAGCCAGGUCACCGAGAGCAGCGGCUCCACGCCCGAGUCCUGUCCCGAGCUCUCUGACGAGGAGGAGGACGGCGACUUCACUCUCGGCUGCGAGAGCCCAUGCCCUCGGUGUGGGAAGGAGGCGCGGUGGCUGCAGGUGCUGCACGAGGCGAUCCUGUCCAUCCGGGAGGCCCAGCAGGAGCUGCACAGGCAUCUCUCGGCCAUGCUGAGCUCCACGGCCCGGGCCAGGCAGGCACCGGCCCCGGGCCUCCUGCACAGCCCCCGCUCUUGGUUCCUGCUGUGCUUGUUCUUGGCAUGUCAGCUGCUCAUCAACUACACCCUCAAAUAAGAGCCCUUUGGGGACGGCGUGGGCAUCACCUGCAGAACCCGGGCAGCCCCAGCCUCCCUCCCGGGCACCUAGCACUUUACACCAGCCCUGUGGAGGCAGAGACCCCGCGAGCUCGGCCUCUGUGGACAGAGGGGCCACGGUGGCAGGACAGCAGGAGGGACCUGGGGGCAGGGGGCACACAGGGUCCUCCUGGGGAGGCGCUGGCCUUCAUGCUGAAGCCAAAUGUCGCAUUCGUGGUGCACAGUGUUCCCUGGCGACCUCGACGCCUCGUCCCCCAUCAGCCUCAGGGGACUGAUGGCGGAGGGUCAGGAGGGCCUGCUAGCCUGUGGGUGUUCCUCCCCAGCAGGGGUGAGCCGGAAGGAAGCCAGCACCCCAGGUCCUCCUUGGGCCUAACACACAGGCCAUCCCUUCCCGAGACCCUGCCCACGUUGCCCUAGAUGGGUCACAGGUGGGCUUCAGGCACCGGCUGGAGAGGGCGCUUCCUUCUGCCCUUGUGCUGUGUGGACGGAGCCCAGUUCAUAUUCCUAUGAACCCGCCUCACCUCCCUCCGCGCCGGGACGUGCCAAGCUGGGGCAGGCACACGUGAGGACGGCGAGGCUGGGGGCGGCUUCCCCAGACCGGAGCCCGAGGUGGACACUUUGCCCAGACUGAUUGAUGCACGGUCUUCCCUUCCCACGUGUUUUUAAUAAACGCAAUUGCAGUAUUUCAGGCAGGCUGCGAACAGCGCCUGGUGUCUGGCCUCCGUUCCUGUGUCAGGUUGGGGGGUGUGUGUGUGUGUGUGUGUGUGUGUGUGUGUGUGUGCGCGCGCACAUGUAGAUACACAC